AUGGCAUUAUAUGGAUUUUUCAUUAGUGGACCACUUGGUCAUGUUCUCUUUGAGAUUUCAAAUAAAACUUUUAAAAAUCGUGCUGGUAGUGGAACAAAAUUAUUGCAAAUUUUAGUGACUUUAUUGGUUAUAUUUCCAAUUCAACAUAUUGUUUAUUUGGCGGCUAUGGCAAUCAUUGCUGGUUUAAGAACACCCGAACAAGUUCUGGCAUCAAUAAAAAAGUCACUAUGGCCUAUGGUGAGAACGACUUGGAUCGUGUUUCCCAUUGUUCAGACUUUUGCACAAAAAUUCUUGGAACCACAUUUAUGGGUGCCAUUCUUCAAUUUGGUUGGAUUCUCUCUUGGGUUACAUGCUACUACCAAAGCAAAGAUUCGACAACGAAAACUUUCUGAAGAUGAUGAUCAAUAA